AUUGUCACUUUCAUUGUUUAUAAUUAUCAAGUAUAUGAAUGCCAAAAUCCAGGCUUAAUUUAAAUUGUCUGAAGUGAUAAAUGUUUUCACAGUUUUGUCUGAUUGCAAGUUGAUAGUGAUAUCUGUUUAACUGGUUAACACUUUGACCUCAUAUUAUAAUAGGUUAAUUGGAGUGAUAGAAAUAUCCCUAUCAAUGUGGGAACAGUAAAAUUCCUUGAGGAGAGAUAAAUCUGGUGCUUUCUGGAGUGUAAAGGUCAUAAAGCAAAGACCUGUCUCAUAUGACUGGGGUACAUUUUCUGACAUUUGUGCAAACAUACUUGUUUUAGACAGGGGCAGCUCAGUAAUCUAUGGAUAAAUGUAAUAUAAUCAUUGUGAAAAAAUGAGAUUUGUCAAAAAGACUAGAACAGCGAGAAAAAGUUUCAGUGGAAGGGCGGAGGAUGUUGAAAAGAUUGAUAGCUUAGCAGAAACAGAAUUAUUAGAAAAUGAUGAAAUGUAUCGUCAAAACUACCAACAUCAAUCACACGAACAGCAUCAUCAAAUAAGCUAUCAACAGUAUCAAGGUCAUUUCUAUAGGCAAAAGCAGGGAGCUCACUAUGCAGGGUACCAGCAUGAAGACUAUAGACAAUAUUCGCCACAAGAUAGACUCAAUAGUGUGUCUGAUUCUAGGCAAAGAACCAAUCAUAAUGAUAAAGAAAAUAAAACUGAUCAUUAUAAUCUUGACUAUUAUAUGGCUGAAAGAGAUGAAUCUGAACGUGGCCAUUCAAAAAAUAAAAGACACUUUUAUUCUCCAAAUAGAUCACGUUAUGAAGAGAGAAGAGUUGAUAGAAGAGGGAGUAGCUCACGUAGGAGGUAUUCAAACAGCCCAAGAAGAAGCUAUAGAUCUUCAAGUCCCAGAGGAAAUUCCUCUGGAUCUACCUCAAGAGGUACUAGAAGACAUAGAAUUAGGGAAUAUAGAAGAAGCAGGUCCAAAUCAUCAUCUUCAUCAACAAGAUCCGAAUCAGCUUCUUCUGUUAGCUCAAAUAGUCCUGCCAGAAAUUCUUCUGAUAAGAGAAAUGUAAAAAUAAAUGAUAAAAACUUAAAUAGGGGUUAUUCGUCAAAGCAACCAAAUUCGGUUAUAUCAAGAAUGUAUGAAAAGAAGUAUGCAGAUUCAUUUUCACGAGGUAAUAAUAGAAGGAAUAAUAAUUCUGAAAAAGAAAGCACAAAAGUUGAAGUCACUAUAGGAGAUCUUACAAUGUCACCAAUAUCAAGUGAUGAUUUUAGUCAACGAAGUGAGGAGGCUGAAAGUGAAGCUGACAAAGAAGAUAUGUUAGACAGAAAACUGCAAAGCAAAAUAGACAGUGAUUCUUCUUUAGUCAGCGAUACUGACAACAAGAAGACAAAAGAUUCAAAGUCAAGCAAUAAUUUGCAGAAAGUAAUAAUAGAAAAUACAACAAAGAAUGGAAAGAAAAGAGAAGAAAUUAGUGAGCAACAAGAAGAUAACUUUGUGACACUUGAAAAGUACAAUAGGAGAAUUAUAAAUGUUACAGAUGAAAGGCAUAAAACUUUAAAAAGUAAAAGAAAGUCAUUUGAAAAAGGUGAGAAGGAUGGUAAGACUAAGACUAAGACUAAAUCAAACCUGGAGACAAUUCCAAAGGAAAUGUCACAAAUAUCUAAUGAUGAAUGCAGUGGACAAAGUGAGGAGCCAGAAAAUGAAGUAAACAGGAAAUUGCCUGAAAGAGUUAAAAGUAAUAAUCCUUCGGUUAAUCAUACUGAUAAAAAUAAAACAAUGGAUUCAAAAUCAAGCAUUCAUUGCCAGCAAGUAGUAAUAGAAGAUACAAUUAAAAUUGGAAACAAAAAAGCAGAAAAAAAUGAGCAUCAAGAAAAGAAAUCUGUUACUCAUGAAAAAGACAAAAGCAGGGCUGAAAAUGUUGCAGAUGAAAAUCUGAAAUCUCAUAAAAAUAAAAGAACGUCAUUUGAAAAAGGUGAGAGUGUUAAGAAUAAGACCAAGUCAAACCUGGAGAAAAAUUCAAAUGAAUUAGAAAAUUGUAGUAGUGUUGGUUCCAAAAAGUCAGUUGAUGGGACCAAAAAGCCAGUGACAGGAAUAAAGAACUUAAAGAACAGUGAAAUAUGUGGUAAUUUUUCUGAUUUAACAAACCUUACAAAAACAGUAUCACCAUCUUCCAGCAUACAAUCAACAAUAUGCAAUGAUGUCAACAAAACAUCUGUAAUUGAUCAUAAUAAUGAUGACACUAGGGAUAAAAAUGAGAAAUACAAUGAUACAAAAACUGAACAUAAAAAGAAAGGCUCAUUUCAAGAGCUUAAAGACACUCUACUUCAAUCAAACAUGGAUAAUGAAAUGGUAGACAAAAUUGUUUUAUUAAUGGCAAGCAAAUCAAAGAGCAAUAAAGAAUCGGCACUGGAACAAACUUGUUCUCCGGUUUCAAAGAUAUUAGAGAAGUCAGAAGAAAGUUUAGGAGAUAGUCAUGUAAAUAAAAAGUCUUCAGAAAAGAUAAGUAUUGACAGCUCAAAGACUGAACAUCUAAAUGAGAAGAGCAAACAUUUUGAAAACAAAGGUAUUAAAACAAAAGUGAGGAAUGCACAUGUUUCUGAAUCAGAUGAUAAAGUAAACAGCAAACAGCCUGCAGAUGAAGGUUUUGAGGUAACAAUAAAUAAAAUGAAGCAAUCAGAAUCAAGGAAACGUAAGGAAGAUACAAACCAAACGAUUAUUGAUGAACAUCCAUUUACAAAAAGGGACACGUUUGUUGACAAAGAAAUAAAUGAAUUGAAGCAGAAAGUAAAGGAAGUAGCAAAUGUGAAGAGUCACAGAAUGCUUGUAGAUAAAAGUUCACAGCAGGAUCAUUUGAUUGAUGAGAAACAAGCUUUUAUUGGAAAUAAAGAGGGAUGCAAAACAGAUUCUGAAAUAAGUCACAAAAAAUCAGACAGGCAAAAUGGAAUAACUGGAAAAGUAGGUAAAAUAGAUGAAAAGCAGUAUAAUAAGAGUAACAAAAGACUUGAUAAACCCAAUAAUUCACAAGGAAAAUUGUCAAAUGAUAAAGAAAGUAAAAGUUUGGCAGCACAGGAUUUAAAUCAAUCAAAAUCACAUACUUUAAGUUUGAGUGAUAAAAGAAAAUUCUUCGAGGCACGAAUGAAAUCAAAUGAUAAAGACCAAAAUAAAGUGCAAGUUGAUAUGAAUGUUGAAACAAAAAAGGACAUCAGAGAAAGGAAAAAUCAUAUGGACAAAACACUAAGUGUAUCUCUUAAUAGAAUUGAUGUAGGCAAAUUUUCACAACAGAUGAGUCCACCUUCAAAUAAAUCGGUCAGUCUUUCAGACAAAGAAUCAAGUGAUGAUUCAAAGAGAAAAAGUGUUUCUGAAAUUGUUGAUAACUUUAACAAUGCUGAAGGAAGAAUUUGUGAAGACUUGAAAAGUAAUAACAAUUCAAAGGGAAAAAGUGUUUCUGCUAUCAAAAUAUCUAAUAAAAAUUCUGUAGAUUUAGAAUCUAGUAAUGAUUCAAGAAAAAAUGUCUUCAUGGAUGUUAUGAAAAGUAAACAAAAACAAUCAAAAGUUUCAGAAAUCAAAGGUUUAAAAGAAAUACAACAUUCUAGUGUUAAGGAGAGAAAAGAAUCUCAUAAAUCAGGUCAUUCUAGAGUGAAAGAAAGUCAUAAGAAAAGAAAAUUAUCAGGACUUAAUGAAAGAAAUACCUCUAAAGAAAGGGAAAAAAAAGUCAAUAAAGAUGGCAGUUUUAAAGAAAGGGAAUUGCCCGAUGUCCAAGAAAAUAGCUAUUCAAAAGAAAGAAAAAUCUCUGAUAUCAAAGAAGGUAGCAACUUAAAGGAAAACAAAAAGGCCAGUGUCAAAGAAAAUAACAAUGUGAAGGAACAAAGAAUUUCAGGUUCCAAAGGUGAUGUCAAUUUUGAAGAAAAUAGAGUGUCUUAUGUAAAAAAAGAUGACAAUUUUAAUGAAAAAAUGUCUAAUGUUAAAGACAAAGUCAGUUUAAAAGAAAGACAAUUAUCCAGUGUCAAAGACAGUGGCAAUUUAAAAGAAAGAAGGAAGCCUGGUGUUAACGAUGAGAGCAAAGUUAUGGAAAUGAAAAUGUCUGGGGUCAAAGAUAAUGACAAUUCUAAUGAAAGAGGAAUGUUUGGAGAGGAUAGAAAUGGCAAAAUAAAGGAAAAGAAAAUGUCAGGCUAUUCAAAAGACAAAAAUAUAUCUAGUGUAAAAGAAGAUGAAUAUAUAAAACAACAUAUGUUGUCUGGUGACAAUGAAGAUAGAAAUUUAAAAGAGAGUAUAACUGCAGAUAGUAAUAAUUUAAAAGAAUUAAGAAUUUCUGGAAGUGCUGGAAAUAUAAAAUUAAAGGAGAGAAAGAUGCCAGGUGUCAUAGAAGAUGGUAAUGUUAAAGAAAAAAAGAAGUCUACUGUUGAAGGAAAUGACAAUUUGAAAGAAAGAAAAAUGUCCAGAAUGAAUGAAAGUCACAAUAAGGAUGGGAAAAUAUCUAGAGUUGUUGAAAAUACUACUUCAAGAGAAAGAAAGAUGUCUGGCAUGGACGAUUUUGAAAAUCUGACAGAAGGAAAUCAGUUGGAAGCCAAAACAAGUGAUAAAAAGGAAAAAAUGCUAUCUGAAGCUAUUGAAAAUAAUAGUUCAAUUUCCAAAGAAAUAAGGUAUAAAGAUGUUGAAAGUAAAGCAAGAGACAGAAAAAAAUCUGGUGGUGGAGAGUCACCAAAAGCUGCUAAAGGUAAUGAUUCAAGAGAAAGAAGAAUGUCUGGUGUUGUAAAGUCACCAGAAGCUGUUAAAAGUAAUGAUUCAAGAGAAAGAAGAAUGUCUGGUGUUGUAAAGUCACCAGAAGCUGUUAAAAGUAAUGAUUCAAGAGAAAGAAGAAUGUCUGGUGUUGGAAAGUCACCAGAAGCUGUUAAAAGUAAUGAUUCAAGAGAAAGAAGAAUGUCUGGUGUUGGAAAGUCGCCGACAGCUGUUAAAGGUAAUGAUUCAAGAGAAAGAAGGUUGUCUGGAGUUGGAAAGUCACCAGAAGCUGUUAAAAGUAAUGAUUCAAGAGAAAGAAGGUUGUCUGAUGUUGGAAAGUCACCGGCAACUGUUAAAGGUAAUGAUUCAAGAGAAAGAAGGUUGUCUGGAGUUGGAAAGUCACUUGAAGCUAUUAAAGGUAAUAACGAUUUAAGAGAAAGAAAAAUGUCUGGUGUUGGAAAGUCACCAGAAGCUGUUAAAAGUAAUGAUUCAAGAGAAAGAAGAAUGUCUGGUGUUGGAAAGUCACCAGAAGCUGUCAAAAGUAAUGAUUCAAGAGAACGAAAGUUGUCUGGAAUUAUAGAAAACAGCAAUUUAAUGGAAGGAAACUUUUCUGACAUUGUUGGGAAAAAAAUGCCAAAAGAAAGGAGGUCAUUUGAAAUUGGAGAAAGUCAAGAUUCAAGAGGACGUAGACUUUCUGGUGUUGCAGAAAAUAGAUAUUCAAAAGAAAGAAGAAAUUCUAGCAUCGGAGACCAACCUAGCACAAGAAAACGUCAUGGUAGUGAAUCAGCACCACCAAUUAUAGUGAAAGGAACCACAAACAGACCAAGUUUUGGCGUGUAUAUCCCACUUGGAAAACCCACAGAGAAACGCAAGCUUACUCCACCAGCUAAACAAGUGUCAGCUCCACAAGUGCCUGAUUUUGAUAACACAAAGGUAAAAGACCAGACAGAACCUAUCAAAGAAGUAGAGACUGCUUUACAAACAGAAGUGAAUGAUGAAGAUAUUGGUUCUAGAGAGCCUGAAAAGAAUGUAAAAUCAGGUGAAGCAGCUGACACAGGACCUAAGAGAAAUCUUUUUGGGAAGAACAAAAGGAGAAUUUCUCACUUCAAUGAUAAAGAUGCCAAGUCUGUAAAAACAAGUGAUGAGAAUCGAACAAACCUGUUCAGUACAUGCCUAACAAAGAGUCCACUGGAAACUAAUAAUGAUUAUAAAACAAAACUGACUAAUCCAUUGAUGAAAGAGAGCCCCGCAAAAAGACCCAAAAUAAGUCAUGAGAAUAAAAAGAAACUGCUCAGAUCAUUUAUAAGAGAGAGUCCAGUGAAAAGGCAAAAACACCCAUUUAAGCAAUUUCCAAUUAACAAAUAUUCCAACCGCAGUCCAGUGUCUAAACAGAUAAAAAAUAUAAAUGUGCAGGAGGAAUCUUCUAGGAUUAAUGAGAAUUCAAAUGAAACUUCCAACAGUAGGACAAAACCCUCAGAAUCUCCAGCUGUGCUGUCUCCAAUAGAUAAUAUUUUUGAGAAAAUGGAAGAAAAUACUUUUGACAGAAAUGUAGGUAAGAAGGUAAAUGAUGGUAAAAACAGACCUGUGGUGAAAAGGGUACAUGAGGAUUCUACAAUUCAUACAAUUGGAAAAAAGAGAAAAAAAGAUGAUACCAUAUCUGAGAAGUCUACAAAAGGUAGUAAUUUAGUUGGUUCAGAAGAAACUUAUGACCAAAACUUUCCAAACAGUAUUAAAGCGGAUGAUCAAAGUGAUAGAAAAGUUGCAGAGAAUAACCUACAGCACCAAAAAUCAAAUUCAAAGUCUAAAUCAAAUAAAAGAAAAGUUGAAGGUGAUUUACUUGACAAUAGAUCAACACCUAAAGCUAGUAAAAGUGCACACAAAGUAUAUGAUGAAAUGAACUUCUCAUCUUCAGAUGCUUCCAAACGUGAAAAAAGUGCAGAUGUAAAGGCAGACAAAACUAAAGAUAUUAGUACUGGUUGUGAUGAGGAGGUGAAUAAAUUAAAAAAUGAUAAAUCUGAGAAACAUGAUAAAAGUGAAGCAAAAAUAAUUAGUUCUGAAAUGUUGUUUGAAUCUGUUAAAGAAGUUUUAAAGGAAAAAGAAACAAAAGGUUGCUCAGAAAUUGUUAUGCAAGAACAUAGCAGUAAUCUUAAUUUGUUGAGUAAUAGUAAGUCAUCAGAAGUUGAAAACUUGACUGAAAAACAGGGUGUUCUUAAUUUGUCUGAAAAACAGAAUGAAACAGAAGUUACUUGUGAAGAAAAAGUUCCUAAAGUUCAAAAUAUAGUUAGUGCUAAAGUUAAAAGACUUUUUAAAGACAAACAUAGAAAAAAUAUUCUUUCAAAUGAAAAAGCAAAGGAAGUGGAAAAAACAGCAAAAUUAGAAAACAUACAAACAAAUGAAAUCAAAAAUAAUGAUACACAGAGAUUAAACGAUAAAUUGGCUGAAUCUCCUGUUAGAAACACAUCUGUAGAAGCUAGCUCUGGAAAUUUGAAACACUCAUUUGGGGAUAAUUGUACAUCUAAAGAAAGUGAAACACUGGUGCCAAAUGUUAAAGAUGCUGAUUGUGACGUAAUAGGAAGUGUUGUAAAACAUUUGGAAAAUAGUGCUGAAGAAAAUAAGAAAAUAGGAAUUAAGACAAUUGGAGAAAAUAAAAGUAAGAAUAGUGCAAAUGAAUUGACGGACAAUAGACAAAACAUUUUUAAAGCAUAUAGUUUUGAUGCAGUAAAUGAUAAAAUGAAAAAUUCUGAAAAUCUUUGUGAAAAAGUGGAUAAUGAGAUGGAACAAAAUAAUGAUGAUGGAAAUUAUUUAUUAAGGGAACUUGAAGAGGACACUACUUACCAAGACAGUGAUUCUGACAUGGAUGAUAUUGAACCUAUACAAUUGAUGGGUUUUGCGUUUAUGAAUGAUGUUUCUGCUGAAGAGAAAAAUGAAAGUAUAAUAUCUGACUCUGAAAUAAAUAUGAAAUGUAGUGAAACCUGUCCUAAAACUAAGUACAGUGAUGAUUCUGUUAUAAUCCACAAUUGUGUCAAAUAUGAUAGUAAAAUUGUAAUUGGAAAUGGAAAUGUAUUAGAUGGUGAUGAUAAGAGUGUUGUUAACAAAGGUAAUCAUUUAGAAAAUGCUUCAGAUAGAUGUUAUAUUACAGAACGUGUUGUUGGAGACUCUAUUACUAAUACUAAGACAAUAAAUGAAGAUGAAUUGACUAAAGGUAAUGAAAAUGAACUUACUGAUUUUAAUAGAAGUGAUGUAAAUGAAAGCACUAGAAGAUCAAAUUUACCAAAUAGACUUGCGAAAAAUGCAGUUCGUAAGAGAUUCACAUCUCAGCUUAAUAUUUUGGGAAAGAAAAUAGAAGAAGAAACGGACACUGAACUUAAUGAAAUAAAUAGAAGUGAAGAAGAAAUGAGAGACAUUCCACACAGCAAAUAUCAAAAGACAGAAAAUACUGGAGAAAUACUUAGUGAUGACAAUGAUGAUGCAGAUUUGAUUUCAAGUGGCUCUGAAUUAACCCCAUCUAAACAAACAAAAACUACUGAAUGGUUAAAGAAAGCCAAAACAAAUGUUAAGGUUCCUACAAACUUAAUGUCACAAAAUGCUUUCCAACAUGAGUUAGAGUUCAGAAAUGACAGUUCUAAUGCUGAGUCUAAAGUUACAAAACUUUCAAUACAAAUUGCAACAACUUGCACUACAGAUACCAAAAGUUGUGAGGAAAAUCUUAAUAUGCAAAGGACUCCAACACAGUUCUUUCAGCCUUGGAAUGAUGCACAGACUACCAAGUCCCAAGUUAUUAAUCAUAAUUCAGUAGAGCAUUCCCAGGAGCCAUGUUCAUUUACAAAGCAAAGGGUACAUCAGUCUCAACAAAUCCAACCAUGCAAUUAUGAGACUCAAAAGGAUCAACACUCAAACCGGUUGUUACAAAAUUCUGGGCUUCAACAAUUUAAGACUGUCAUUCAUCAAAGGAACACAAUUUCAGGGCAGGAAGGUUAUGUUGCUUCAUCCAUACAAAAUGUUUCAAAUACACCAAUGCUCAAUGCAUUGACUGCAAAACUUGUGAAUGAAAAGUAUCCAGCAGAAAUAAAUGAUGGGCACACCAGUGUGAGAAAUCAAAGUAAUCUACCCGUUAUCAGCAAUGGCCAGACAAGUGUCCCCGUAAACAUGUCCCAGUCGGUAAACAUAUCCCAGGCGAAAGAAAUUUCUCAGACGGUACAGAAAGCUCCUUGUCAGUUAGAAAGUAAUAAAGAAUGGGGAAAAAAUGUGAAUUCUCCUACAGUGCAUGGAGAGAUUGAAAUGUCAGUUGUGCAGGAACCAGUCAAGUCAGAUUUUAACUUAAAGCAGCAUGCUUUAAAGGAAGAGUCCAAUUCAGCCAGUGAAGCUUUUUCAAGGCAAACAUUGAAGACAGCAGUGCAUGAAGCAUCAACAGAGCUACGGAAGCUUGCCCUUUAUAAAGAACUUUGUGCUUUGGACAACAUAAAAACUGGUGAUGUUGGAUUGGAUAUAAUGCUUUUGGCAGAGAAAAGUUACCUGAGAGGAAUGAUGAUGAUAAACAAAGAUAUUUUAAAUAGUGCAGAAGCAUUGAGCAAAAAGUCAGGGCCACAACAAACUUCCAAUCAAAAAGAACAACAAAGCAUAGAAGAAAGAGCCCAUUACUUAGGACAGUUGAAACAGAAGAAGAAUGAAUAAACUGAUGGACUUUGUAUGGAUGAAAAUUGAGUUAUGCGCCCCUACAUAACAAGCUUAUAGAUAAUUUAAAUGUGAUAAUGUUUGUAUUAGACAGAGGAAGAAUAAAGAAUAAUGAUCAAGAUGUGUAUGCAGCAUAGAUAGAAACUCAGGGAUAUUGUGAGAAUAUGAAAAUUACGGUGACAAUUCUUUUUUAAAGAUCUCUUAAAACAACAGUUUGUUGUUGUUUUAUUACAAUUUUAACCAAUCAAAUGAUUACCUCAGACAGUUUGUUUAAUACAAUAUUGCACUAACUGCAAAAAAAAACGAGUGUUAUAUCACAGUGUUGCAGUAGUUGCAGGUAAUGAUUAUGUGAUAUAGUGUUGAUAUAGGGAUAGUAACCCAGUAUAGUGAGUGUUAAACUAGUCACAGUUAAUUGAAACCUAAUGUAGUAUUGAACUACACACAAGAAAUAGUUACCAUAUUGUGUUCCUCUUGUAGCAAGAAACCACUACCUGAUAAUAGUGUUGAAUUGAACAGUCAGUGAAUUUUUAUAAAGUGUUGAAGAAGUCACAGUGAAUUGUUCCCUUAUAUUAUAUAGUGUUGACCUUGAGACAGCGAAACUUUACCUAAUACAGUGUUGAACUGGAUACAGUGAUGGUUUACCUUAUGUUGUAUCGAAGUGGAUACAAUGAUGGUUGUUGAGAACUGAAUACAAACAGUUGUUCCACCUUAAGUGUAACUGAAUUAGAGUCACAGGAUUGCAUGAUGUCAUUAAAAAACAACAUCAGUCACCUCAUACACUUUUGCACUGGUAAAAAAACUAGUUACCUCAUGGUGUUGCACAGGUCACAAAAGACAAAUUACCUUAUAAUCUUGCACUGGUGGCAGAAAUAGUUAGCAUGGAGUGAUGUGCUGUUUACAAGAUUGCACUUUUCUCAGGGAACAUUACUUCAUACAGCAUUCCACAUUAUAAAAACUGAAUAUCAUGAAAACAUGGCACAUCUUAACAUAGAAAAGGCUUGGACUGAAAGUUAGAUAUUGUUUCUCCACAUUUUGUUGACUUAGUAUGGUGUUUUCCCUUAGUUUGGUGUUUUCCUUGAGCUUUUUUUCUUGAGAUUUGUAAGCUUUGGUGACAAAACUCAGUUUAUUGUUGGUGUUUUUCCUUGAGAUUUAUUCUUGAGAUUUGUAAGCUUUGGUGACAAAACUCAGUUUAUUGUUAUAUUUUUUGGUUGUUUUGAUUUUUGAAAAGCAACAAGGAAAGCUUGCUGAAAAUCUUGGCGUGCCAGAACAUGAAACGCUGAAUUAGAACAAUAUUUUUAUUAAAAACAUGUGUUUUUGAAAAUAGAGAAACAAAUAUUUAGGUAGAUUAACUGUUCCUGUCACCAGUCCUGUGCAUCAUGCUCAGUUAUUAAUCGUCAAUAUACCUCGGCAACUAUCAAAACCAUUAUGGUCAAAACAUAAUAGUCAAGGUUUCUGAUACUUCCCCUGUUGUUUUAAUCACAAUUUUUUAAAACUCAACUGUACAUAUUGCUGUUUAAUCUAUUUGUCAUGUGUUCAUCGAUAUCUUGAACCUUCAGUAUUCUGCCGUCCAUUUUACUUGUGAAACCACCAUGUAUGUGGUCAUUGGUUUCUUCAAUACUCAACAGUCCAUAUUGCUGGUAUUACCCCCCUUACCCCCUGAGUAUGUGUUCAUUGGUUUCUUCAAUACUCAACAGUCCAUAUUGCUGGUAUUACCCCCCUCAAUGUGUUAAUUGGAUUUUUAAUACUCAAAAAUUUAUAGUGCUGGUAUUACCACCUCUUGUGUGUUUAUUUUUUAUGAUGAUGAAAUGUGCCUUAAAUGUUACAUUUGUUGCUUUUACUGUUAUAAUAGUUUAGUUUGUAACAUAUUUGUUAUUGUUAUAAGGUUAAGAAUUGUUUCUUGUAAAUACCGUAAAUACUAUGUUCAUACCUUAUGUACUAUGUAACUAUUUCUCAAAAUAAAUACACUUAACAGGUGAACUUAACAGUACAUGAAAGGAAUAUAUAUUAUUUUGUACUUCUAGGUCGUAUUUGUCAUGCUGGAACUAUAAGUGAUAAGUCUUUUCAACCAGUAUAGAGCCAGGCCAGCCUGCACUUUUGUACAAUCUGACCAGGCUCUAUACUGUUGGUAACUUAUUAUUUGUACUUUGAUAUUGAAAUCCAACAAGAGCUGUGCCAAUCCAUCAUGAAAAAUAAACAGUAAACAUAUAUUGUAUGUCGAUUAACAUAUUUAAAAUGUUUUAAUGGAAAAAUAUUUUAAUUUUAAAAUUGACACUUAUUAUGUAAUGUUAUAAACCAUAUAUAAGAACAUGUCAUGUAGUUAAACUGAACUUUAACAUUAAACUGUUGAUGUUA